UGGCGCCACCUGCCCCCAGUAGCUGCCCAGCUGUCGCCGGGAGUAGGUGUUAUAGGAAGCAGUAGCAGCAGCAGAAUUAACGCCAAUAUAUAAAAGAGAGGCUUUUAUAUCCGAAUAUCAAGCAACGGUGAUCAAACCUCUCAAAUUGCAACAUUACUAACAAAAAGCAAAGUAGACAUAGCCACAACGCCAGAAAGUCCAGCUGGAGUCAACAGGAGCCAACGGAAGUCAACAGGAGUAAACAGGAGCCAACGGGUGGAGCCGGGAGAAGAUGUCUGAUCCAGGGUUGGCUGUGGGCAUAACUUUUAUUGUCUUGGGCAGUUUGUUGACAAUCUACGGCCUCUUUACCUGUGCCACCAUGAAGGGGAGCGUAUACAACGCUGAAGACGUGGACGCCAUGGUGACGGCGACGGUCAUGGAGGAGGAGAAGCAGAGGCAGAAGGAGGCGGCCCUCUACGAGGACUUCAGGCCGGGAGAGAAGACAAAGAAGAAGAAGGUGCUGAUGGCGUAACCGGAGGGGGAACACAAAAGGAGAAAACACGGAAUAAAGCUCUUAGAAAGAGCAUAAUAGACAUUAAGAGAUGCGAGGACAGCCCUUUAAUGUGUUGACGGAUUUGAGACAUUUCCUUCUUUGCAAAAAGAAGUAAAUAUUUACUUCUAUAUAUUUAUACGGCAAUAUUUCCAAAUGGCAUUUGUACUCAGUUAUGUUGAAAUAUAGAAGUAGCCCAAGAAGGCCUUUUGUAGCCCACAGAAGGCCUUUUGUAGAUCACAGAAGGCCUAUUGUAGCCCACAGAAGGCCUAUUGUAGCCCCCAGAAGGUCUACUGUAGCUCACAGAAGGUCUACUGUAGUCCACAGAAGGCCUACUGUAGCCCACGGAAGACCUACUGUAGCCCCACAGAAGGCCUACUGUAGCCCACAGGAGGCCUACUGUAGCUCACAGAAGGCCUACUGUAGCCCACAGAAGGCCUACUGUAGCCCACAGGAGGCCUACUGUAGCCCACAUAAGGCCUACUGUAGCCCACAGGAGGCCUACUGUAGCCCACAGGAGGCCUACUGUAGCCCACAGGAGGCCUACUGUAGCCCACAGGAGGCCUACUGUAGCCCACAGGAGGCCUACUGUAGCCCACAUAAGGCCUACUGUAGCCCACAGGAGGCCUACUGUAGCCCACAGGAGGCCUACUGUAGCCCACAGGAGGCCUACUGUAGCCCACAGUACCCACUUUAGGCCAGCAGCUGUGAUUCCCAACCAGGACUCCACGAAACACGGGUUCCUCCAGAAUUUGCUCAUGCUUGCGAAAAAAAAGUACAACUUGCCACCUUUUUCAUACUCGAGUAAAAAUUAAUACAAUUGAUAAGGUUUUUAACAUAACCUGUUAAUGAAACAAUGAAGAAUAUUUUGUCUUUACUUAGAUAUUGGCGAGAUAAUAUUUAUUUAAAAAGUAAGUAUUACCAGUAGAAGGCUGUAAUGGAUAGUGUUAGGCCUCCUGCUCGCUGAUGUUAUUGAUUUACCUGAGGGGUCACUAGGACUCUAGUGGCCCCGACGAGGACAGGAAGCCGGUGGCUCGUCAAAUGUCCCCCCCAUUUGGCAUGUUGAUUUUUGUUUUCAAGCUGGAUUUUAAAGUUCAACAAUGAUGUGUUCCUGUCAAAACUUUACAAUUUGCAGGUUAAAGUUACAGUACACGAGUACAGUAUUAUUACUAUACACUUUAUUGUUAAGUAAAUACUGUUAAUUCAACCCGUCCUCCUAAUAGAAGGUCGCAUUUUGACGUUUAGUCGAAGGCCAAAGGUUGUUGUACUGGAAAAUGGAAGCGGCUGGCGAAAUUGAUAUACUGUCCCGUUUUCUGUUUUAGGUCCUCUGGUAGGAUAGGAUAAGGGCACUCUAGUACGCCAGUUUCUUGACGUUGGGACAACCUUAGGAGAACGGGCUGGUUAAUUAAUGCCAGAUAAAUUUAUUUUUAUGCAAUCUCUUUAAGGGGAGACUAUUUUACAAAUCUAUUUUCUAAUUUAUCCCUCUUGAACCUAUUUUAUCCAAAACUAGUUAGUUCUUAAGUUCAUAUAUUAGAAAUAGGAUCCCUUGAGUGUUUCAAGCGUAGGUUAGACACAUAUAUGAAUGGGAUUGGGUGCAUAUAAAUAUAGGAGCUCCUUCGUAUAGGUCAAUAGGCCUUCUGAAGUUAUUUUCAUUAUGUUCUAGUGUGUGUCAGUCAAGUUGGGGGUUUCCAGAGAAUUCUCAAAAUAUUUCAUAUACAAAAUAUUUCUCAAAAUAAUUCUCAAAAUAUUUCAUAUAAAAUAUUUCAAAAUAUUUCAUAUAUUUCAAAUACUGUUCCUCGAAGAAAAUUGGGAAUCACUGGCCUACAGUAGGCCUACUGUAUCCCAAAUUAACCUCGCCGUAAUCUCAGAGUAAGCCUACUGCCCUCCACAAUAGGCCUAUAGUUCAUAGAAGGCCUACAGGGCAAAUUAUACCCAAUGAUAUUUAAUACUAUUAAAUUAUAUUAUAAAAAACUAGUUAGUGCUUUACAAAUAAUUUUUUUUCUUGUAUUAUUCAUUUUAGUUUUUAUCAUUGUCAUGCAUUUUACAUUGUGAAUGAAUUUCCUUGUUAACUAGAGAGAGAUAAUGAAUGGAAACGUCUUAUUACGACAUAAAGGAUUUAGAGCGACUGGAUAAGGAUUUAGAACGACUGGAUAAAGGUUCAGGACGUCUGGAUAAGGAUUUAGAACGACUGGAUAAGGAUUUAGAACGACUGGAUAAGGAUUUAGAACGACUGGAUAAGGAUUUAGAACGACUGGAUAAGGAUUUAGAACAACUGGAUAAGGAUUUAGAACGACUGGAUAAGGAUUUAGAACGACUGGAUAAAGGUUCAGGACGUCUGGAUAAGGAUUUAGAACAACUGGAUAAGGAUUUAGAACGACUGGAUAAAGGUUCAAGACGUCUGGAUAAGGAUUUAGAACAACUGGAUAAGGAUUUAGAACGACUGGAUAAGGAUUUAGAACGACUGGAUAAAGGUUCAAGACGUCUGGAUAAGGAUUAAGAACGUCUGGAUAAGGGCCGUCACUACCACAUCAUUUCAUGUGUGAGUUGUGUUUGUUUAUAGUUUAAGGUAAUAAGAAAGCAAUGAUGUCAUAUAAUGGGAUCGAACCCGCGUUCCUGAACUUCUCAGGCUCAUGCACUACCGACCGAACCAUGAUAUGUUCAGACGUAUCUUAGCCCUGAAUACGUCUUGCGUUGUCUGAAAGGCAAAUUAUGUUAAUAUUUGAUAAUAUUUAACAUUUGGUUGAAAUAUCAACUUUUUUGCAGCUGUUGUCGGACGAAUUGGGGCGAUGUGCUCAAACAAUCAAUGAAUUGUGAUUAAGUUAUCAUUGUAUUACGUUAUCAUUGUAUUACACAAUCAACCUGAGAGCGAUUGUCUUACACCAGGAAUAUCCUCCGAAAUUUGAUUGUACAUAUAUCGGCUACUGGUUAAACGUACAAAAAUGAACGGUUAUACCUACAAAAAAUCAUAUUUUGUACUAAUGAAUUCUCCAAGUGGCUUGUUCAAGAUUGGAACACUAUCACUCUUAGGCCUAAAUACCUGUAACCUUAGGCCUACCUACGCCUAUACUCGUUGAAGGGGACUUUUAAUAUCAAUAAUAUACAUUACCAUACAUAAGAAAGGUUGAUGACUUGUAAUCUGUAUUUUAAUGAACAAAAUGACUUAUCAGAUAAAUUCGUAUAGUCAGAUAUACGAUUAUGUACGAACACACAAAUUAUUAGUAACACUAACACACACACACACAUAUAUAUAUAUAUAUA